AAAAAGAUGACAGACGCGUUGAAUCCAACAACCGGCUUCGCCGAAGAACACAAGGAGCAAAAAUCCGACUCGGACUCGGUAUCGUCUGACGUUCUGUCGUCGCCCUCGUCCUUUUUCCUCGACGAUUUCGAUUGCAUCGAAGCAGAAAUCAGCGACGAAGAAUGUGAUUCCGGUCUGAUUCGGAACGGUGUGAGCGGCGAUCACCACUCGCCGGAUGCCCUCUUGGCCUACGAACUCAAUCAGUUGUCGCUCGAGGAACGGGGGCUGCUCGACAACGACAUACACGGCAUCCAMCCCCGGCCCCUGGAGGAGACGCCCGAUUUUCUGCGCGAGAAAAUCGAUCAGCUGUCGGUCAAACUGGACUCGAUGCCAGAACGAGACAAGUCGGCCUACAAGGUGAGCCARGCCUUUCCCAAAACAUAYGUCAACACCAAGGAAUUUCGCUUGAUGUUUCUCCGGUGCGAGCAAUUCGAUGUCCAGAAGGCGGCCACCCGGCUUCUCCUCUUYUUGGACAMGAUACGGGAGUCUUUCGGCGACGUGGUUUUGGAACGCCGGAUUCGUUUCUCGGACCUCGAUGAGCCAGCGGCGGAAACAGUAAGCAAGGGAAUGCUCCAAAUGUUGCCGGGCAGGGACCGUUCUGGUCGAAGGGUCGCAGGAAAUUUCCCGUUCGUCAUUCAAGGAUGCGGCAUUCCAGCAUCAUCUAGAGUAAGUAGUACAGAAUGCUCACCAGGGGRAAACAAUACGACAGAUCGCAUUCACUAAACCAACGUUUUCUUUGGAUUUUUGAUCCAUGGUUGUCUCUAUCAGAUUCAAGCGGCACUAUAUAUAAUCACUUCGAUURCAAGAGAAAACGUCGACGUSCAGAGAGACGGUAUCGUGGGAUUAUUCUGGGUUCUUGAUUACAAYAUUGUAAUCAGGGACUUCAAUGAUAUCAUCGAUGAUUUCAAGACGCGAUCUUUGGUGCACGGCACUCUAAUAAAUUGCAUUCCGGUGCGGUUCGUCUCGCUCCACAUGUGUCUUCCCAACACCUCAGAGAUGUUACAAGAGAGACUCUGUCAAAUAGCUAAAGCUAUGUAUAUUUAUGCUAUAGGUCCCGAGAAUCGAAAGCGCCUACGGGUUCACUUUGGUAAGAUCUCUUUUGUUCGCUUUCUUCCGCUUCUUUUUCGAACAGGCUGUUUUCCUGAUCGAUGAACUCACUCGACGUUAUAUUACUGACAGGUUCUCCUGUAGAGUGUUUGUAUGCACUCCAAACAUUUGGAAUUGCAUCUCAUGGGAUACCGAUCAACACCAACACGGGGAAAAUCAAACUCCACCAGCAUCAUCAAUGGUUGGAGGUACAGCGACAAAAAGACAAAGCCUA